UUGACAACCAGAUCGUAUCGUCUUAACCAAAUUUGGCUCUCUCUCUCUCUAAAAUUCCUCUCACUCCAUUUAAACCCUAUAAUUCCUUUCUUCCACCGAAUGCAUACCUAUAUUUCGGAUAUGGAUUCAAACUUAGCGGAAUCUAUGAUGCGCAAUUGAAAAGAAAAAAAAAAAACUGAAGAAGACGACGAGGGAAGAAGGCGGGCUUUUCUUUCACAGAAGGAAAGGAAAGCUCGCCGAUCAUGUCGUCGGCGUUCUCAACAACAACAUCUCCAUUCACUCUUCUCCUCCUCUUCGCCGUCCUGAUUGGCUCAUGCUUUCCUUUCAACACCACCGCCGCCGUCCGAUCAGAAUCCAAUUCAACAACCGUCAUUCGGUUGCCCAGCGACCGAAUCUCCGGCGACAUCUGCGCCGGAAAAGUCACUCGGACGUCCUGCCCCGUCAAUUGCUUCCGGACCGACCCCGUGUGCGGCAUCGAUGGCGUCACGUACUGGUGCGGGUGUGCGGACGCGCAAUGCGCCGGCACUAGCGUGGCCAAAUUAGGGUUUUGUGAGGUUGGGAAUGGAGGAAGUGAUACAGUCUCUGGACAGGCGUUGUUACUGGUUCAUAUUGUUUGGCUCAUAUUACUCGGCUUCUCUGUAUUAUUCGGCCUUUUAUGAUGAACCGAAUUCUCUCCCGUGCCACUAAAAAAAAUGUCCCGUGACAAUGCAACAACAAUUUUUCAUAGCUGAUUCCAAUAUAUUAUGUUGCGUAACGGGUGUUUUGUGUUGCAUAAAUGGUACAAGACGCAAAACCAAGAUCUAGAAAACAAAAAAGGUGAACACGAUUGAUUAGAUUAUUCUCUGAUUAAAAAUUGAAUUACUCCUUUCUGGGCUGUUUUGAUUUGAUGAUUAGAGUGUAUUUGAAACAAGGUCAGAUGAUUUGCUAUAUGGUAGUUCGUUGCAUCUUUUGAAUAUACAUACAUAUAUGUAUAUAUGUAUAUGUACAUACAUACCCUAUGUAUGUAUGUGUUCAUUUACGCUUUGCAAAUGUAAUAGGAAGCUUAAUGUUUUUUUUUUUUUUUUUUUAUUUUUAUUUUUUUUUUUUAUGUUUGGAAUUAAAGAAUUCAUUUUUUCAUGUAUUUCUUGUUGUUUAUUUAUUUAAAUUUGGAAGAACAUAAUUAAGAAAAUGUAGAAUAGCAAGUAUAUGUAUUCGGUAUAGUUGAUUCGAAUAUAUUAUGUUGGGUAAUGGGUGUAUUGAUGUGAACCUGAUUUAUUAUUCUCUGAUCGAAAAUUGAAUUACUUCUUUCUUUAUUGUUUUGAUUUGAUGAUUAGAGUGUAUUUGAAACGAGGUCAGAUGAUUUACUACAGUAUAUGGUAGUUCGUUGCUUCUUUUUGAUAUAUAAAUAUAUGCAUACAUGCACAUCUAUGUAUGUACCAUGUAUGUAUUCAUUUACGCUUUGCAAAUGUAAUAGACAGCUUAAUGUUUUUUUGUUUUUUUUUUUCAUUCAUUUUUUUCUUUUUUGUUUGGAAUCAAAGGAUUCAUUUUUUUCGUGUAUUUCUUGUGACUCCAAGUUGUUCUUGUUGUUUAUUUAUUUAAAUUUGGAAGAACAUAAUUAAGAAAAAGUAGA